UGUGUGGCUCAUGCCUUACUUUCCCAUGCAGGGUUCUUUCUAGGUCAGAAGAAGAUACCAGUCACUGAGAACAGACAUCAUGUCCAUCAGGAAUUUGGCAAUAGGAAUGGUCUGCUUACUACAGACUCUAACUGGAGUUGUGGGGAAUUCCUCUCUUCUUUACCAUUAUCUCUUCCUUUACUUCACUGGGUACAAGCUGAAGCCCACGGAUUUGAUUGUCAACAACCUGAUUGUGGCCAACUUUUCAGUUCUGGUUUUUAGUGGGUUUCCCUAUAGCAUGUCAUCUUUUGGGUGGUAUAAUGUUUAUAGUGAUAUUGGAUGCAGAUUUUUGUACUAUUUGCGUGCAGUGGGCAGGGGUGUGUCCAUUGGCACCACUUGCCUCUUGAGCUUCUUUCAGGCCAUCACCAUCAGCCCCAUGAACUCCAGGUUGGCAAACCUUAAACAUAAAGCCCCAAAAUACAUUGUCCCUACAAUUUUUAUGUAUUGGAUCCUGCAAAUGUUGAUAAAUGUAAUUUAUCCUGUGUUCCUGUCUAGCAAAUUGAGCAACGGAAACAUCACAAAUAGAAAACAUUUUGAAUACUGUUCUGCUGUUCGUCAUGAUGCAACCAGAGACUUCCUAUAUGCAGCCUUGAUAGCAUCCCCUGAUAUUGUAUGUUUUCUGCUCGUGCUCUGGGCCAGUGGCUCCAUGGUCUUCAUCCUGCACAGGCACAAGCAGAGGGUCCAACACAUUCACAGGACCUCCAUCUUUCCCCGAUCCUCCCCUGAGUCCAGAGCUACCAAAACUAUUCUUCUCCUGGUGAGCACCUUUGUCUUUUUGAACACCCUUUCUUCCAUCUUUCGUAUUCUUUUAUCUGUUUUAAAGAAUCCCAGCUGGUUCAUUUUGAGCACCAAUUCAUUACUGUCUCUGAGUUUCCCAAGUGUCAGUCCCUUUCUGAUCCUGGGCCGUGACUCCAAUGUCUCCAGAUCCAGCUUCACCUGGAAAAGAAAUGCAAACUUCUGUCAUGGUUGGAGAAAUAUGUAA